UCCAGCGUCCCUAAAACAAAAUAAAACAUGUUAAAACAAAAGAAGUGGAAGAAGUACAAAGACAUAUAUAAUUUGGUUAACCACUCACUUGUUGUAUAAGCGAGCCAAAUUAUUGUGGCGCACAUUCUUCAUGAUGGCCUGAGUGAAGUGGAAAAAGAAUCCCUGCUUUUCGACGUCCGGCCAUACUGGAGGAAGUGCUUGCCAUGUUGCGGCUUCGAAGUCCAGUACGAAUCUCUUCACACGUGCACCGGAAAACGAAAGGGGACGCUGGAACAAGAGACCUGAUAAAGCAUGUCAUGGCGCUGUGCUAUAUACCUACUAUGUUUAUCACGCCCAGGUUCAAAUCACUGAAAGAAAAGAUGCAUACUCAAGAUCUCAAGAACUUCGCCGAAUAUUUUCAAAACACAUGGUUAUACAACAGUGUCUGGACUCCCAAGGAUUGUUUAAUCUCAACAAUGUACGGGGUAAGUAUAGGGAUAGAGGCGGACGUUGUGGAUAUUUUGGAAGAGAAUGUUGUGGGGCGUGUCAACGGCAGACAUGCGGAAGCCAACGAGAGGGUGCAACAUGUUUGGGAACAGUUUAAGGAAGGAGAGUUAUCUGUGGACUCUCUUCUUCGGAGGUGUUCAAGGAUCUACGGGCCGCAGUAUUGCAAAGAGUAAGUAUGUAACGCAGCAAAUUUCCCAUAACGUUCAGUAUUCAAAUAAAAUUCAAUAUUC